AAACGACGGUAUAGGUGCUUCGAGCGCUUGCCUUUCUGAGGCACUUCGGGCUUGGAGGCGGUGUGGCCGGGUUCUCAGAGUCAAUUGGCCAAGUGUCAUCCAAUCCGGUAGCCUUGACCACAUUCCUGCGAGAGCUGGAAGCGUGUCCGAGAUCACGCAUAGUAGUCGGAGCGCCAAUAGACUCAACAGUUUAUAAGCGGUCUAUUGCAGGGACCGGGCGUCCGUCGACUCCCAUCUUCUCAUACCUGCAUUAUCUUCGACAUUGCGAUCGUAACGUGUAAUACUUCAGCAUGUGGUAUCCGAACGACGGCGCCGCGGAGCAAGUGCCACCUUGGGCACAAAUGCCGAGUCCCUACCAACAAGCGCCAAUGUACAUGCAAGCGCCUUUACUGUAUCCUGCUAGCCCGUUCGAUGCUCCGCCGGUCCCUUUUGCACCCAUCGGAGCUCCUAGCCCGUAUAGUGCCGCGGCAUCCCUGCCCUUGAGUCCCAGAUAUGCCCCGCCUCCGCCUCCGCCUCCGGGACCACCUCGCUCGCCUCCUCUGACCAAGAUCCACACGACUCAUCACUGUAACAGCCAUUAUCUCCAUAUUCAUACUCACACGCAUUCGCCCCAGCAGACUGAUGCCCACAAGACGUCGCGCGAGCCGAGGCCUCAAGUCCCAUCAACACAGGUAGCUUCUUCCCAGUCUCAUUCGCAUCACCAUUUGGGCCCAGUCUAUUCGAAGUGCACAGGAAGAAAGAAGGCAUUAUGUAUCGGCAUCAACUACACUGGACAACACAGAGAACUGCAUGGUUGUGUAAACGAUGCGAAGAAUGUUCGAGAGUUCUUGAUUAAACAUUACGGUUAUAAUCACAAGGACAUCUUCGUACUCGUUGAUGAUUCGACCCAUCCACAUCGGCAACCGACGAGGGCGAACAUUAUAAAUGCCAUGCACUGGCUCGUGAAGGACGCAAAAGCGCAUGACUCACUCGUCUUCCAUUACUCAGGACAUGGUGGCCAAACCAAGGACCUCGAUGGUGAUGAAGUGGAUGGCUUGGACGAAGUCAUCUUUCCUGUCGACUACAAGUGGAAAGGUCAUAUAGUUGAUGAUGAGCUGCACAAGAUAAUGGUCAAGCAAUUGCCUAAAGGCUGUCGUUUAACGGCAUUGUUCGAUUCUUGCCACUCUGGAUCUGCGUUAGAUCUACCAUACCUGUACCAUAGCGAUGGGCGUGUCAAGGGUCAUAGCGAAGUGACGCCAAGCCACGUCAAGGAGAAGUCUACCAAGGCAGAUGUGAUCUCGUUCAGUGGAUGUACGGACUCUCAAACCAGCGCAGAUACGUACCAGGGAGGUGCUGCUGUUGGCGCAAUGAGCUACGCAUUCAUGAAAUCUUUGAAUGACAAACCGAAUCAAACAUACCAACAGCUCUUGCUGUCUGUGCGGUCCAUCUUGAAGAAGAAUUAUAGCCAGAAGCCUCAAUUAUCCGCUGCACAUCGAAUCGAUACCACUCGUCGGUUCAUCAUGUAACUGUCCGUCUUUGUAUUGAUGCGCUGAACAUUUCAUGCCAUAAGAUACCAUGUGGAAUCGUUAUUCAGGCAGUUAUUUAUUCAGAUCAUGUUCCUUUGCAUAUUUAUAUAAACAGCAGUUUGGAGAUUUAUCCAU